AUGGCGAUGAGAUGCGCGAUCGGGAGGGUUAUCCGUCGGCCUCCGUCGUCUUCCUCGGGGGUCUUGGCGAGUGCUCGGAGAUGGCUCAGCGGCGGACAGGGGAAGAUCCUAAGCGAGGAAGAGAUGGCGAAAGAGAAUGUUUACAUUAAGGUUCGUUUUCCGCUUCCGCGGCAGAAUCGUCUUGUCCUCGGGUGUCUCAUUCUCUCGAAUCCUUAUAUUUCUGUCCUCUCUUCGAUCUGCACUUCCGACCACUGAGCCCCGAUUUGAUCAUUGUUGACUCUCUGUAAUUCGUGGAUGUAGAAAAUGGAGAGGGAGAGGAUGGAGAAGCUGAAGAGGAAGGUGGAGAGGGAGAAGGCGGAGGCAGAGAAGUUGACAGGAAAGCCGUCGCCCGCAGAGGUAUCGGAUCAUUAG